AUGGUACAAGUUGAUCAGCCGCGGAGGAACCUCUUUUCGACGCUGUUGGCUCGUCCCACGACGGGCACAAGGUCAGAGAGAUCGACCAGUCCAUCAUCUCUCCCCUCCUCCUCUGUUGAACCCAAGAAAGACGAACUGAAAGGCGCAAUCGGCUUGACGACUAUUCACGAACCACCAUCGCCCGAGGAGACAAGCGCCGAGAUAGUUUUUAUUCACGGCUUGGGUGGUGGCAGUCGCAAAACAUGGUGUUAUUCCUCCGACCCCGAGCACUACUGGCCUCAAUCAUGGUUGCCGGCGGACAAGGACUUCAUGGGUGUGCGUGUCCACGUCUUUGGUUACAAGGGCGACUGGCUCGAACGUCGGGAGAGUGUAUUAGGUAUCCAUGAUUUUGGGCAGUCUCUAAUCGACGCUAUCCGCAACCACCCCGGCAUUCUCCAGGUCGACACGCGCAUCAUCCUCGUUGGCCACAGUAUGGGAGGGUGCGUGGCCAAAAAAGCAUACAUACUGGCACGCCAGGACCCGGCUACAGCGGAUAUAGCUCGUCGAAUGCAUUCCAUGUUCUUUCUCGCAACACCACACCGUGGGUCUAACAUGGCCGCGAUCCUAGAGAACAUGCUGGCGGUCAGGUGGGGGAAAAAGCCCUUCGUAACGGAGUUGACUCCUAAUUCAACGGUACUAUCGGCCAUUAACGACACAUUCCGCCACUUUGCCCCGGAGCUCCGGCUGUGGUCAUUUUAUGAAACCUUACCCAUGAGGGGUGCUGGGUUUAUCAGUCGCAUCAUCGUGGACAAGCACUCUGGGACCCUAGGGUAUCCGAAGGAAGAGAUUACGGCCAUGGCAGCGGACCACCGGCAGGUUUGCAAGUUCGAGAGCCCGGCCGACCCAAAUUACAAACUCCUUCGGAAUGCUUUGGCAACCGCCAUUGGCUUAAUUCGAGCGGCGCCAGGUUCUGGGCUAGGACAAUAUUACCCCCCUUCGUCCCCGCGAGAGGCCCGCGAGCGGUUAUCCGCAUUCUUAGAGAUCCAAGAUGCUCCGGAAGAAGAUAUCGAUAGCCUCCAAAACCUAAAACAACCAGGGUCUUGUCAAUGGUUCACCCAAAGGGCGACAUUUGCCUCGUGGAAAUGUGGCGCUUCACCUGGAAUCUUUUGGCUUCUUGGACGACCAGGAGCUGGCAAAUCCGUCCUAGCGAGUCACGUUGUCGAGGACCUACGAGACUCAAAGUAUACGUGCAGCUACUUCAUGUUCAAACAUAACAGAAGCGAGACAUCGACCCUGCACCACUGCUUCCGAUCUCUUGCUUUCCAAAUGGCGAUUCAGGACGACAGUGUGAAGGAAGCAAUCCUCCAACUCUCUCGGGACGGGUUCUCAUGGGAUGAGAAAGACGAAAGUAGUGUUUGGAAGAGACUGUUCACGAACUGUAUUUCCAAAAUACCCUCCGUCGUUCGACACUUCUGGGUGCUGGAUGGCAUAAAUGAAUGCUCAGGCUUCAAUGCACUUUUUGAGAAGAGGCUUCUAUCGAGCCUCCCACCUGGUAUCCAUCUUUUUGCCACAAGCCGCGGCGUGGAAGGGAUUGAACGUGGCGUAGAGUCAAUUUCGCCUACUGGGGUUAUCAAGGAAACGUUGUCAGACAUCGACACCCUCGAAGACAUACGGCUUUUUGCAACCGCCGCACUUUCAAAGUUGACUCAACUAGAAAGCGACGAGGAACGCCAAUACCUGUGUGAGAAGAUCGUGGAGAGAUCCCGCGACUCGUUUCUUUGGACGAGGCUCGUUCUCCAAGACCUUGCUGAGACGUGGACCAAGGAAACCAUGGAUGAUGUUCUAGAUGCUACCCCCGCCGCUCUAUUCGACCUGUACUCAUUAAUGGUAAAGUCUCUGGGUAGGGACAAAGGGAACGCCAUGUUGGCAAAGUCCCUUUUGACUUGGGUCGUCCUAGCUUGCCGCCCCUUAACAGUGGAAGAGCUCACAACAGCCAUUAGCCUGGACACCAACCAGACUCUCCGAACGCCGGCGAAAGCAAUCUCAGAACUAUCAGGGCAGCUUCUCUUCAUUGACGAGUUUACAAACGUCCAGAUACUACACGAAACCGCCCGAGAGUUCUUACUCUCAUCACAGGAUGCCGGGGGUCCGCUUUCGAUCGAUCAGACAAACGGCCAUACACGCCUUGGAAGUUUACUUCUUAAAUACAUUGCGGGUAACACCCCCAAGUCUUAUCUCGGCCCAGGGGCUUUAGCAACGCCAAGAGACCAUCAUUCAACCACAUUUGGGACGACAUCAGACAUUGCCUGGACGAUCACCACAUCUCUACUUGACUACGCAUCGAGGUUUUUUUCAGAACACAUCUUCCUUGGUAAUACACAAGACGACCAGUUGGUGCACGACAUGUUCGCCUUCUUCCAGUCCGAUAGCUUGCUUUCUUGGAUACAGCAUAUUGCAACUAACGGUAACCUCGCACCUCUCAUUCGCACCGCUAUGAAUUUGCGAGCAUACCUCAAUACCAGGUUCAACCAUCUAUCAACCCCAGAUGAGGUCACUCAGGUUCUUCAAGGCCAGCUAACGGAGAUUCUGCACAUCGCCGCCAGUUCAUGGGACGAUUGUGUCGCUCGGAUGGAUUUCCCACAAGGGCGUCCUUUGGCGGUACGGUACGGGGAGGGCCAUAUCGCCGUUGGGCUGUCUACUGGCGAUAUCUUUCUGUACCACGUAUCUCCCCUGCAGGUUGAGCAGCAACUCCAGCACCCAGAGGGCGUUCGGCUUCUGGAAGGGUUUUGGCAUCAUGGACUUCUGGCCUCUUGUAGCGCAAAGCACCUGGUUGUGUGGGAUAUAAAAGUCGGCACAAUUCUUUACUCGUUCUCGUUACGGUCAUGUCCAUCAGCUGUCAUCUUGCUCGGCGCCCAAGAAAUCCUGUGUGCUUCCGAGCGCUGUGAGUUAACGAAAUGGUCUUUGGACACAGGGGAACACGAGUCCAUCUCAUGGGUCAACCUCGAACUACAUGUAUACAAUCAUACGGAGGAUCACAAUCACUUUCCAGAAUCCCAACCUAAGCCUCCCCUUUCACGACCGAACCGCGCUGCCUUUCUCAAUACCGCCGAUGGGACUCUUCUUGCCCUUGGUUAUCAAGACGUGCCAAUAUUUAUUUGGGAUGCCCUUGAGGUGCAGGUCCUGGGAACAGUGGGCCAAGAAAUGAUCCCCACCGCUGGCCUUGAUUGCAUGGUCUUUCACCCCAACCUCGACAUUUCAAUGCUGUUGGUGGCAUACCAACCGGGCGACCUUUGUCUGUUUGACUACAACACGAUGGAGAUGCUCGUCCGACGACGCCGCACCUACGCCACUGCCAUUGCCUGCUCGCCCGACAACCAAAGAGUUGUCAUAGGAAAUGCCCAAGGGGCCAUCGAGGUCUUCGACUUGGACUUGGAUUGCGCCGCGGGGAGGGCCAUGCUAACACUGGUUUACCGUUCCAGCCACCCAUUGGACGACACGAUACGCAGUAUUGCGCUCAGUGCGGAUGGGCUGCGUUUUGUUGAUAUACGGAACCGACAAGCGCGCGUCUGGGCACCUAUCGGGUUGGUGAGAAGGAGUGUUGAAGGGGUCGAGGACCAUGACCGCAACGUUGUCACGCGGCUGACGCUUCCUGAGUUACCGAGGGCACCCGACAUUCCCAACUCUGUCACCAAAUUAAAGAUCACCAGUCCUCUUGUGGCUUCCAAUGAUGGAAGUGUGAUCGUGGCUGGUAAAAGCAACGGUGAUGUUGUUCUGUUCUCAGCCGUGGACGCCAGGGAGAUCCUCAUCUUAUACCAGCACACCGGCAACUCAUCCGUUGUCUGUGUUGUGCUUGUGGAAUCGCGUAACCUGUUAAUCUCAGCCAACGACGCUGGCCGUGUGGUACUGGCGGAAACGGCAGCAGCUUUGAGCCGACUCGGGUCAACUUCCGAGCCAAACGGAACUUUGAUCCUAUGGGACCGUGUCUUUGACGGCGCCGUUUCGUCCCUGACUGUUAAUGCGGCUGGAGAUCGUGUCCUAGUCAAUGGCCGCUGUGCUGCUGAGCUCUGGGAACUCCCUUCCGGGGGAGUAGUUCGUCCCAAUGCUACCACAACGGAGGAUACGCAUCCGGCAAACGCGUUGCCAGGAAUGAGCGGUGCUGGAUCGAGUCCUGCAGGCAAUGAAACGAAGCUCGUCUCUCGCUACUCGUUUUGCCACCCGACUAAUCUCGGUUGGUUUAUCCUAGUCUCUGGGGAUGUCGUACGAAUCUACGCCUGGGCCGACUUCUCCGAGAUGACAAAAAGCCAAGGUAUCUUGCUCGCAAGAGACCCAUCGCAACCGUCAUCAGGCUUUGACAAAACAUUCAAGCAGCAGCAGUUUUCGGCUGUCUCGAGAUCAUCCUACCACCUCGGACGCGAUUUCGUGGUCGAGCUCUUCCGAGAAACAACCCUUGCGCCGCCGCGUCUAUACCUAUGGCCGUCGACCGCCUUGGACCGGUUCUCCGACUUGGCUGUGGCGCGACCCACUGUUGAGCCGCUUCUGGAGUCCGUCAGCCCAACUGCCAUUGCCGUGCUAGGCAUCGUGCGGCCGGCAAGGGUUCUGUUUUUAGACGUUGAGCUUUGGGUCUGCAGUGUAAACCUAGGGCACGAGGCGACGGAGGCCGUAGAGAUUUCAGGGUUCAACAAGAGGGCAGGGUCAACGGCAGUAGAAAGGAAAUCGCCUGUGCAACGCCAUUUCUUUGCAUUAAGCGAGUGGCGUACCCUUUCUGGGGAGCUGCGCUGCACAGUUGUUAUCCCCCCCGCCCGGAUUGUCACGGGGGUCGCGAGGAGCCGUGAUGUUGUUGCACUUGCCGUUGGAGAACGGGUCGUGGUUUUUCAUGGAGGUCUCCAAUUCUCUGAGGACUACGGAACCAUUGUGGUGUAG